AUGCUAGUAUCACUAUAUCGUAAGAACUCGUUGAUCCUGCCCCGACUCACAGCAGCCUUCAGUUCUGCUGUCAAAGACCCACAUAUAAAACCCAAAACAGCAAUUGUUAUGCUGAAUAUGGGUGGACCGGAGACAACAGAUCAGGUGGCCGGUUAUCUCCUCCGUAUUAUGACAGACAGAGAUAUGAUCCAGUUGCCGGUGCAGAGCAGACUCGGCCCUUGGAUCGCUAGUAGGAGAACUGCAGAGGUCAUCAAAAAAUAUACGGAGAUUGGGGGAGGUUCUCCAAUACUCAAGUGGACAAAUACUCAGGGUAGGCUGCUGACGAAAGCUCUAGACCAGAUGCUGCCAGAAUCGGCGCCUCAUAAGCACUAUGUGGCAUUUAGAUAUGUGCCACCUUAUACGGAGGACGCUUUUGAGCAGUUGGAGAAGGACGGUGUAGAAAGAGCUGUGAUAUUCUCCCAGUAUCCGCAAUACAGUUGUGCCACUACUGGCUCAAGUUUGAAUGCCAUUGCAGAUUUUUAUAGAAAUACACAAAUCCCACAGAACAUCAGAUUCAGCAUGAUAGAGAGGUGGGCUUCACACCCACUGCUGGCCAAAGUGUUUGCUGAAAGGAUAAAGGAAAAGCUGGAGCGGUUUGAUCGAAGUAUACGUGAUGAUGUGCUCAUUAUGUUUACAGCUCACAGCCUCCCUUUGAAGGCGGUGUCAAGAGGUGACACCUACCCUCACGAAGUUGCAGCCACUGUGGCAGCGACAAUGAAUGAACUGAAAGUGCCCAACCCUCACCGUCUGGUGUGGCAGUCGAAAGUUGGACCUCUACCUUGGCUGCAACCGUACACCGACGAAGCUAUUAAGGCAUACGCGAAGCAAGGAAGAAAACACCUCAUCUUAGUUCCGAUAGCUUUUGUUAAUGAACACAUAGAAACAUUGCACGAAUUGGACAUUGAAUAUUGUGAGGAACUCGCCCAUGAGGCUGGCAUAGUUCAGAUAGAACGGGCUGCAGCACCAAACGACCAUCCCAUUUUCAUAGCUGCGUUAGCCGAUGUGGUGGCCAGCCAUCUUACUGUCGGACCGGCAGUUUCACAGCAGUUCUUAUCUAGGUGUCCGCACUGCGUGAGCGAAAGGUGCAAAACGUCGAAGGAGUUCUUCAGAAAACUCUGCCACAACAAAGACACUCACUUGAAGCCCGAGAAGGCGGCGAUAAGGGCAUGA